AGAAUAACCAAUACUUAAUUUAAUAAAGAUAAUUCGUUGCAAAUUAAAGGUACAAUAUUGACUUUCUGAGUUCAACGAAUAAAAAGUCAAUCAUAAUUAUUUUGUGCCAGUUCAGUUAAGCCGCUGCCAAUAUAAUGAAAAGAAUGUCAAGUACAACGACCGCCGAAGAGUACCAGGAAGCAAUGUCCAAAGUAACACUGGUAGAACGCAAUCCAGAACCGAACGGAACAAAGAUCAUAAGCAUGUAUAGAACCGGCCGGCGUGAAGCGCACGAUAUUGUGGAAUUAGCUAAAACUAUUCAAGAAGCAGACGUCCAAGUCACGAGCACUGCUUGCGCCAAACUGACUGUUAUUGCCGAACAAAUUAAAUUUCUACAGGAACAGGCGCAAAAAAUUCUCCAAGAAACUAAAUCAGCACAAGAUUUACACCAUGCGGCGUGUAAUUUUCGUAAAAUACCUGGUCACAUUUACCAUCUUUAUCGAAGAGACUCGGGACAAACAUAUUUCAGCAUGUUAUCGCCGGAGGAUUGGGGGCCCGGUGGAUGUGCACAUAACUUUGUAGGCAGCUAUCGUCUCGAACACGAUCUAACAUGGACGCCGGCAGAACGUUUACAACAGGUAAGCGAUAAUCUAGUAUGGGCUAAAAGUUUACUGGAAACAACAGGGGUCAAGCAAAAAGAAUUGCUAUCGAUUUGCAGUCCUGUGGAGGAGAUGGAAACGUGAAUGCUCCGAAAUUAGUUACAUU